AUGUUGAGAUUACUUACGCCUUACUCUCUUACGGUGAAAAGGUCGGGUCAACUUGAUGCUGUUGGUUCGACCCGGAGAAACUUCCUCUCUGGGCCCAUGCUUGGGUCAGGCACAUGUCCGUACAUGCAUAUUGAGGAUUGCGAUGUCCUCAUCGACGCUGGGCUUUCUGGCAAAAUUUUCUUUUCGAACGACACCGAAUACGCCGUCACCAUUCAGUCCUACUAUUCUGGCGACGUUCAGGACGUUCGACCAUCAUGUAUCUUUAAGCCCACGACUUCGCAGCAGGUUUCGGACGCGAUCAAGGCACUUAACAGCGAAGCGUUUGGCUGUUGGACGGUGGCUAUACGUAGCGGUGGCCACUCACCAUUCCCAUCGAAUAAUGCUGCCAAUGGCGUUACCAUCGAUCUCGCGCUCGGCCCUGGUGGGCGCUGGGGCGAAGUGUACUCUGCCCUCGAGGAACAAGGGGUGAUGACAACGGGCGGACGCGAAGGUCACGUUGGUGUAGGAGGGUUCUUGCUUGGCGGAGGCUUCUCAUGGUAUUCUGCGAAGUACGGCCUUUCUGCCGAUAACGUUUUGAACUACGAGGUGGUGCUCGCUAAUGGCAGUCUGAUCGAAGCGAAUGCGACGGCGCACGCGGACCUCUUCAAGGCUCUAAAAGGUGGCAUGAACAACCUCGGUGUUGUGACGAGGUUCGACCUGCGAACUUUCCCUGCAAAUGACAUUUACGGUGGUAUCGUCGCAUUCGCAUACACAGAAAAGGAACCUGUCGUGCAAAGCCUCAUCACUAUGAUCAGAGACAACGAAGAAAAUCCUGCCGAGAGCGGAUUCGUUUCCUUGUCGUGGGGUCCUGGGCGAGACCCUUCGGUGGCCUUCAUUACUGCCAACGUUGAUGGCGUCAGCAACUCGUCCUCCUUCGCCGGACUCGCGGACUUGGGGCCUCUUAUUGACACCAGAUCGGCGGUCCCGAACUCAGAAUUCGUCAGGCAGCUUCAAGGCACACUCGGUUUGUACAAUGUGUGGUUUACGCAGAGCUUCCACGCAACCAUGGUCAUGGGCAGGAAAGUUCUCGAAGUCUUCGAGGCUCUCAUUGCGGACCUGGAGGGAAGACUCGACGAGAAUGCCACGAUUAUAUUUGUGUUGACUCCUCUCUCAACUAACUAUGCUAACAACGGGCCUAAUAUCCUCGGAUUGAACGAAGAGCUGACAGAGCCAUCCGUCGUGCUUCAAGUCGAGUGCUUGCUUCCAACCCCAAAUGACGAGGCAUUGUUGACGAAUAAGUUUGGGGCAGUCAUAGAUGAGAUUUCCGAGUAUGCUGCAAGGACAGGACAAAGCACAACCUUCAAGUACAUCAACUACGCACACCAGACACAGGACCCUCUUCAGUCGUACGGAGGCGAUAAUCAGGACUUCUUGGAGAAGGUGGCUCAGACUUAUGACCCGAACGGCUUCUUCCAACACCGAGUGUCAGGAGGGUUCAAAAUUUCCAAAAGCACUAGAGCCUGA